AUCAUGGAGUGGCUGCUCGCCAGCGUUGAAAGGGACUUGGGCAUCGACCGCAAGCAGCUGGCGAUUGGGGAAGGGUGCCAGGUGAUCGCCUACGUGCCCACAAAAUGGUUGGCAAGCCUGAAGGAGAGGAGGGUCUUGCCCAGCGUGUGCUCCGUGCCCGAUGGAGUGACGGCAGUGGAGAUCGAGACCUACCUACAGCGAUCAGUUCACAAGCUGCCAGCCGGAUGGACCCGGGUCACCAUUCAGGCUCUGAGAAAAAAACUGCUGCAGUACCAGCUGUCACGGAGACGGACGUCGCCUCCCAGCCGGACAGGCGGAUCGGGAGGAGACGGCAGUGACUUGGAUUCAUUCUGCAGCUUCAUGCAAUAUGUCGCCGAUCAGAACUAUAAAAACUUGUGGCGCAAAGCGCUCGAGAAAUCUGUUCACGUACAAUCGGGGGGCGUGGAGCAACAGGGCGUUUCCAGCUUAGAGGCCAUCAAGCAGUCUCUCAGCAAGGCUCUCGGCUGCUGCUUCGUGCAGAUCAGCGGUGAUGGGUCAUCUCCUAAAGAGACGUGCCCCUCCCCAGCUGCCGAGCCCGUGCACCCCAAUCUCCUGAGAGCCGAAGCCUUGCUGGAGUCAGCCGACACUCUCUACGUCGUGCAGCCUUUUGCCAACUACUCACUUCGGGACAUCGUGACGUACAGUCCGGCCAAGCUGGCCAACAGCAACACCAAAGUGCUCUUCAUCAUCUUCCAGGUUUUGCAGGCCAUGCGGACCUGUCACCGAGAGGGCCUGGCCUGUGGCAGCCUGUCCCUUCACCACGUGAUGGUAGACGAGAGACUCUGCACCCAGCUGCGGGUCAACCUCUCCGAUUACGAGAGGCCCGAGGCAUUGGAAUCCAUUAGAACCGACUCCGGAGAAAGGACUGAUGAGAUUCGUGAGAGAAGCCCGGACAGCGAACGAUCAGUGGAGCUGCGUAAAUUGGUGACCGAUUGGGUGCACGGGAGAAUCAGUAAUUUCCAGUACCUGAUGGGGCUGAACAGACUGUCUGGCCGCAGGGUUGGGGAUCCCAACUACCAUCCCGUCCUGCCGUGGGUGGUGGACUUCACAAUCCCCUAUGGCAAGUUCAGGGAUCUCAGGAAAUCAAAGUUCCGCCUGAACAAAGGGGACAAACAGCUGGACUUCACCUACGAGAUGACCAGACAGGCAUUUGCAGCUGGUGGUCAGGCUGGCGAGCACCUGCACGUCCCACACCACAUCUCUGAUGUCUUGUCGGACAUCACCUAUUAUGUGUAUAAAGCACGGAGAACGCCACGCUCUGUCCUGUGCAGCCAUGUCAGGUCCCAAUGGGAACCCAACGAGUACCCGGCCAGCAUGGAGCGCAUGCAAGCCUGGACCCCCGAUGAAUGCAUCCCUGAGUUUUACACCGAUCCCACCAUCUUCCAAUCCAUUCACCCCGACAUGCCGGACCUGGAUAUCCCAUCGUGGAGCAGCUCCUAUCAGGAAUUCAUCAAUGUUCACCGCAAACUGUUGGAGAGCAAGGAGGUCUCUGUGCACCUCCAUCACUGGGUGGACUUGACGUUCGGCUACAAGCUCACUGGUAAGGACGCGGUCAAAGCCAAAAACGUCUGCUUGCAUCUGGUUGACAAUCACACCAACCUGACCAGUUUCGGAGUGGUGCAACUCUUUGACCAACCGCACCCGCAGCGGCUCAUGAUUGGCAGCUACGCCCCGCCAGAAGCCCCUUCGAUUAACAAGCCCUUCAGGGAGAUGGUAACCGCGCAGCGCUUCCAACGUUGGGUGGUUCACCCGAUCAAUGGGACGAUCCCGGAGAUGGCUGGCUCCGAAGGGCAAUGGCCGGUGGACAAGAGUAAGAGUGUUCCUGGAGAACACAUUGCUGCUGCAGCUGUCGAUGAUGAUCUGGAACAAGGCACCGAGGCGUUAGAUUCCCUCUCUGGGUCAGGGAAGGCACUGGAGCAGUCAUCUCCUUCCCAGUCCUCCAACCUAUUCCCCUUGGAUUCUAGGGCUCCACUUCCCCGAGCAAACCGACGGAACAAGGCCACUCCUGACACCCACGAGUUGGAAGAGUCCAAGAUCAUCCUUCCCGAAGCUUUCCAUCCUCUGCAAGCACUGGAGGAGUUGGAGAAGUUGAGUAACUUUCUGGUGAGGGGCCUAUACAGGGAGCUGGUGGAGACCAAGCAAGGAGAGCAACCUCACUACCUAACUCUUGACCAGCUCUUCCAGAGGGACAUGCAGGCAUUCGGGAUUCUGAUUGCUGAGAUCUUCUUUGCUCCUCGGCUGCGGGCCCUGGACCCGGAUGCCUCUCUCCUUGACCGCUUCUUGGCCAUGCGUAAGUUCUGCCUCUACCACAUGAAGGAGAUCGCGGCCCCACUCCAGCACGCCGUGGAGAUGCUUCUGCAGCUUCACAAGAGCCCAGAUGAACUACUGCAGACCCGCCUGGAGGCCAACCAGGUGAACCUGUUUGAGUACGAGCCUGUCUUUGAGGGGUUGCCUCCUCCCUGCCCAGCUCAGCUGCUCAGCCCCAACUGCCCCAUUAUCCCCUUCCCUCCGUACUUCUCAUCUCUUCACCAAUUCAUUUGCACCCACCAGUUACACACGACUGACAAUGGGGAGCAAGGUCGCGACUUUGUCUUUCACCUCUGGCAACAGCUUGACCAACUGUUAGGGGAGAUCCGGCCAGAAGGCUUGGAGAUCCUCCUACCCUUCAUCCUCGGCUUGAUGUCAAAUGAAUCCACUGCUGUCUAUGCAGCCUGGUACCUCUUUGAACCAAUAGCCAAGGCUCUGGGACCACGCAACACCAACCGGUACCUACAGAAGCCUCUGAUUGGGGUGUACGAGAAGGCUGGCUAUCUUCACGGGCGCUUCUACCUGUACAUCGACUGCUUCAUCAUUCAGUUAAUAGUGCGUCUCGGCCUCCAGCCUUUCCUCAACCACCUCCUGCCUCACAUCCUGCAGAUUCUCACCGGCUUUGAUGGCGCAGACGAGGAAGGCAAAGCCUUAGUGGGGAACGGGGAAGACGACGAGGCUGGGUCAGUGAGUCCGGCUUCCAGCUCUUACGCCAAUGAUAUGAAGAGCACCGGAGAGCACAGCUCUGCCAGCCUCAUCGACUACUCCUCGGGCAUCAGCUUCAACGAGCAGGCGUUCCCGACAGAGAACGAGGACUUCCAAAAUGGAAUCUACCUGGACGACCAGAUGACACUGAGGGACCAGGAGUCUGUCAGCGUGGGGAAGCUGAGUGACAAAAGUAGCGCCAGUGAGCUGUCCUUGGAAGACCGCCUCACUGAUGCAGAUUCCAAGGAGAGAGUCAGCCUGCGAUCAGUGGAUAGCAACCAGGACCUCAAACAGAGUGAAGGCUCCCCACUGCCGGCAGACGAGUACGCGGAGGAGGAAGGGGGAGGGGAGGAGGAGGAGGAGAGCUGCUCGAACCUUGAUGUCGCUGAAUCCACCGUGUUCAACUCCCUGCCGGCCCCAGAUCCUGGGGAAGCUGUGCUGCUCGAAGACGAGGAGGAGCAGGAGCUGAUUGAGGAGCCAGAGGGGAAGGAGCAGAAGAUCUUGCUUGAUACGGCCUGUAAGAUGGUGAAGUGGCUGUCGGCCAAACUGGGCCCAACUGUAACAUCCAGAUACAUUGUGAGGAAUCUGCUGCGCCUGCUAACUACAUGUUACUUUGGUCCAGAAAAGCACCAGUUUGUGUCCAUGGGCGAGAAUGGCAGAAGUCACAUCGGUAACAUCUAUGAGAAGCGUGAAGUAAUUGGAGACUUGGUUGCAAAGCCCGUCCUGGACUGUCUCAUGUAUGUGGCUCAUCUGUAUGGAGAGCCAGUCCUCACCUACCAGUGCCUGACCUACAUCGCAUAUCUGGUCGCCCCAAAUAGUAGUUGGCGGCUGAACAGUAGGAAGGAGGCGGGCUUGCUCUCAGCGGUGGUAUUAACACAGAAGAUCAUCGUUUACCUGUCGGACACCACGCUGAUGGACGUGCUUCCCAAGAUCAACCAGGACGUGCUUUUGCCAGUCCUGGAUGUGCUCACCUCCUGCGACACCAGUUUCCCCAGCGGAGCGCAGGCUCGCUCCGUGCUGUGCAUCAAGACUCUCAGCCUGAUUGCCCUGGUGUGUUUGAGGAUCGGGCAGGAGAUGGUGCAGCAGCAUAUGAGCGAUACACUGAGGAGUUUCUUCGGUGGCUUCUCUGUCCUGCGAGAUCUGAAGGAACAGAUGGGGACGAGGAGUGAGAAUUCCCACGAUUCUAUCCUGUCGGAACUUAGGGCCCCGGAUGCCAGUGAUCAGGCCUGUGAUAUCACUGCCCUGGAAGAACUGGAAAAAGUUUUCAGUUUGGAGAUGGCGUACUCUGCCUACAUUCCAUUCUACUGCCUGAUAGGCGAUUCAAUCAUCAGGAAAGUCAUCAAAAACCACGACUAUGUGUGGAAGCUGACCACCCUGUACCAGGACGCGGUCAGGCUGCAGAGCCCCACGUCCCCAGACCCUCUCUCGCCGGAGCACGACUGGGAAAACGGCUUCAGCUUCUCCCCGUUCGAUGGCCGGCUGCGAGACGACGGAGUGACUGGGACGUUCGGGAGCGCUCUGGUCGGGAACCGGAUUGAGAUCCCGCCGGACUCCACGUCCGAGAGCCUGCGCUCCGCCCAGGUCAGGCAGCGCCUGAGCAACCUGAGCUUCGGGGGGCCCCAGGAGGACGGUGCACUGAAGCAAGACCUGCCCAAGAGCCUGCGGACGCUGUGCGGGAACUGGCUGGCGUACUGGCAGUACGAGAUUGGCCUGAGCCAGCAGGACUCCCACUUCUACUUUCACCAGAUCAAGCUGCAGAGCUUCGUGGGGCACUCGGGCACCGUCAAGUGCCUGUCUACGCUGAGCGGAGAGGACUUCUUCCUGAGCGCCAGCAAGGACAAGACCGUGCGGCUCUGGCCUCUCUACAAUUUUGGCGACGGGACGUGCGAGGUGGACCCCCGCUUGACGUAUUCCGAGCACAAGAAGUCCGUGUUCUACGUGCACCAGAUGGAGACCCUCCAGGAGGUGGUCAGCUGUGAUGGGGCUGUUCACAUGUGGGACCAGUACACAGGUAAACCCAUUCGGAUAUUUGACGUCUUUGACUCUCGGAAUCCCAUCACAGCAGUGACCACAAUGCCGGCUCCUCACGUCAGCGUCAUUGCAGGAACAGCCGACUCCAUCCUGCGCUUUAUUGACCCCAGGAAACCAGGGCUACAGCACGAGUUCAAACUGAAUACGAGUCUGACUGCAGGGUUAAUCCGCUGCAUGGCAGUGAAUCCCAGUGGCCGUUCAGUUGCCAUUGGUUUCUCUUCUGGUUACGUUUACCUGCUGGACACCAGGACGGGGCUGAUCAUGAAAGUCUGGCAAGCUCAUGAGGGUGACAUUCUUCAGCUGAAGGCUGCGGAGAACAAUGUCAUCAUCAGCUCCUCCACUAAUCAUUCCUUAUCUGUGUGGAAGGAAUUUGACCAGAAACCUUUCCACCAGUACAAGUCUCCCUCCGACCCCGUGCACACCUUCGACCUCUACAACAAUGAAAUUGUGGCCGGAACGGUAGCCAACAAGAUCGGGAUCUACUCGCUCCUGGACACCUCCGCCCACGUUGGCAUGAACAAGCUGAGCAGUGAGAACUUCCGGGGGACGCUGACCACUUUGGCUGUGCUGCCCACUAAGCGCCUGCUCCUGUUGGGAUCCGACAACGGGAUCAUCCGGCUUCUGGCCUAGGCAGGACUCCCAGGACCUGAUAAAACAGCAGCACCUUUUCCUUCGUUAAUCACGCGUUCGUGUUGGACGUCUUGCCCUUAACCAUAAGCAAUAAGGAAGGCUCAGUGUCUCGCUCGAUCAAAACACUCAGGUCCCAGUGUUACCAGAUUUGUUGCAAUGACACACCCCUUGUGCCCUGACCCUAACCCACUCGCCCUUUCUUUCGUACGACCUUUUGAGAACGAAGCGAUCUUAGAGCUCGUUUUGAAUUGCAUCCUUUUUAAACUGUAUAAUCCCUGGUACUUAUUUGCUAUCUAUUUCUAAUAGACGUGACGAGAGCCACCAGGAGUUUUUAAAUACAUAGCACAUGGAGUUUAAGUCCAAGAAUUUUUUUUUUAACAAAAAUGGUUACUUAAAAUGCUUUCUUCUGGAGUUUACUUGGGCGCUCAGAGGAACAGGUCAAAAACACUGCAACUAAUUGAUCUACCUGAAACGUUGUAGGUGCUCCUUAAUCCACUUGUGGUACAAGUGUUGUCGAGACUAGGAAAGACCUGUCAGGGAUUAAAGUAUUUAUCUUCUCUGUACCCUCGCCCACCACACCCUCACUAAAAAAAAAAUGGUGAGUCUUGGGAAUGAAAGUUAAUGGUGCCUCCUUGGUUAGUGCUCUGUGGACUGUCGGAGGUCCCAAAGCUACUGCACUGCGGUGGCAUUCUGCCACUGAUUUCUGAUGACUGUUUGUCUUUCUUGCAAGUGGCGUUAUUAGCUGGUGUCUUGAUACCUUGAGGAUACCUGAGACCAUCAAGGUUCAUGUGGGACUUCUGGCUAAGGCAACUUGGACCUUCCAAAUGGAAGAGAGGAAAGGGGCUUCUUGAUGGCAAUUCAGGAACUUCAGUACAGUCCCGGUCCUGGUGCAGUAUGGUACUCACUUGCCCUGCGUAACAGCUGGAGGAGAGGGCUUCAGAGGAGAUGCGGUUAAAACAUUUUUUUAACCUCAUUGUCAGGAAAAAAAUCAACCCUAUAAAGUGUCAAGUGUACUUCAGUCCCCAGGGUAAAUGGUUGUCCACUGUUGUGCUUCAGGAGAGCAGGUGCUGAGGUGGGCCUAGCUGGCAAUACAAGGCUUCUGCCGUGAAGUUCUGGUUGUCGAGCCUGAAUUCCCCUGUUUUUAUGACAGUGAACAGCAAGGAGCUCAUCCUGACCAAGUUCUGCCCUUGCUGGAUGGGGGAAUGUGAAUAUAUGGUUCUCAGAUAUAUCUUAAUGCCCAUUCGGGUGUUGGGAUGGUUAUGGGAUACUGUGCUGUCUUCAUCAGCAACCUGCCACUGAGGGAAUAAACUAGAAAGGGCUUCUUCCAAAUCGAAAGUCUGAGAACUCUGUGGUGUUGGUCUCGGGUCCCCAGAAGGAAAGAUCUCAAAGUGAAUCCAACCGCGAAAAUGCAAAAUGGGCUGAUGCUGUGAUGCGCAGCAGCUGUGUAAUGGGUGUGAUUCAGUCGGUGACGUUCCUGUCUCGAAACUAAAGUCGAGGAAACCGAAAUGAGUUGCCAAAGCAGCAAAGACUGGGUUUCCGGGUUAGCAGAGCUGAUGCCUGGGCAUCCAUCCAUUGCAGACUCUAACCCUGAGUCUUCAGGUUCUGGUUUUGACUGGGGGAAGGACCGAACAGCACUGAACACAACAGUAUUUCUAAAAGCCAUGUCUUACAUUCUUUCAGGUUUUCCUAUAUUGUAAAUGGGUAGAAACAGCAGCAAAACCUUCUUCGCUGUAGAAGGAAACUUUUACUAACCAUGGAAAGCGAUCAAAUGCCUUAUAUUCCAUUUCAUAUCACAGUUGUCUCUUAAUAGAAAGUGUUUUUGUUUCAAACCUUGGUUCAAGGUAAAUUUAUUGUCUGGAAGCGUUUGGUUAAAGCAGUCGCUAUGUUGGACUGUGGAGGUGGUCAUCAGGAAUAGGUGCUUGGAUUCUACUCUGACAAUGAGUGCCCUGAUGGUUCAGUGAACAGUAGUCCUUGCUCCUAUACUAAUGCACAGUUUGAAUUUGUUAAACAGUAUGGAUUACAUCCACUGAUAGGAUUGAUAAAUUAUGUGUUCUCUUAAGAGCUGGGGCUCUCCAAUUAAAUGGAGCAACUGACUUGUUUUGAGCUCCAACUGGCUCUACCCUCUGCUCAUGUGGUUCGUAUUAAAGGGGAAGGGGUGUCAAUUUGGGGGUGAAGAGUAGAGAUGUUUUUUUUUUCAGCCCUCCCUUUUAUUCCAGUCAGCAAGAAUAUUUUUUUCCCCCAUGAAUUCACGUUAAUGUUAAACUCUACGCAUACAAUCGCCCCCCCUAAACACUGUAAAGAAUCACAGAAAACUCGUUUCAAAUGUCUGCGUGAAUAUCUUUUACAAAAGAUCACAUUCUGCCCUCUAGAUACGUGCCUCACAUUCACCUUCACUCUCGCCCUCUCAAUUACACACACACACACACACUUGCACCUGAAAAGCUGUGCUCGACAGCUUUCACAGCAGUAUAAUCCUGGACUGAAUUCCAGUGGGGUUAUGUGCUGCGUUCACCAGCAGCUGCCUGGUCCAGUGCCUUGUUCUCCAGGGUGUGAAAGUUCUACGAGUUGGGCUUCAUCUCAGGGACACUGACUGGCACAGCUCCUUACGAGAUCAGGGGCAUUGGUACCACUCCACCAUCACCUUACUGCCCCAGUUCCCGACCUCAAGCUCGAGGCAACACCAGUUCCUAGUUGCAAAGAGGUGAAGAAUUGGCACCUCUGUGAGAAGGGGGUGGGGGGCAUGGAGGGGGGGGGGUGGGUUAAAAACUGAACGAAGCAGGUGGAUUCCAGCUCAGAAGAGGGUGUUUCUGCCUGCCAAUGACCAGUUCUGGUGGGUGUCUUGUCACUUUCUAAGGGUGCUCAACGCACAUGCAUUACGCAUCUUUUUAUUGUCCUUCGUACAUUCAUGCACUUGUUCCAUCACUUGAGGCUCAAGCCACGUUCUGUCACAAGCCUGCAGGAACUUUCUAGCGUUGUAGCAAUGGUUCUUCUGGAGAUGUGAAUAUUUAUAAAUAAUAAACAAAUUUGAAAAGA